CCACAGUUCGCCUGUUUCCCGCCUUGCUCUUGCUCAAAGAACACGGCAGUGGAGGUCAGAGAGAACCAACUUACCGAGGACCCUUGCCUUCUUCUCUCUUCUAUACCACUCAAUCCAACUCCCGUGGACACCAUCUCCACUGCUCUAUCCUCCAUCCCUGCUUCCCUCUCACUCUCUCAUCUCUCUUCCCCUUUCGUUCUCAUCGGUCGACGAGGUCUACCAUCACACCACCAUCUUGACAUAAACUCCUCGCCAUACAAAUUUGCGCCCGGGAUGAAUCCAUCGCCAGAUGCAUCCUUGCCAGGAAUCGCGCACUACACGUUCUUGAGGCCACUGGGGCAUGGCCGUUUUUGUUUGGUCCACCUUGCUCGGCAUUUUUUCACAGAGAAGCUGUAUGCUGUCAAGGUCAUUGACAAGCAGGCACACAAAUCCGAUAUCCUACUCCGGCUACGGCGCGAAAUCGAACUCUUAGAGUCCCUGGAUCAUCCCAACAUUGUCAAGCUGCACGAGGUCAUUGAGACCCAGUUCACAAUUUAUGUGUGCAUGGAAUAUAUUGAAGGAUGCAGUCUUGAACAGCACCUAAAGAACCAUGACCAUGGAAGGGUUAGCGAGAGGGAAGCCCGUAGGAUAGCACGGGAACUCGCAAGCGCCAUCUCUCACUGCCACUCGCGUUUCGUCGUCCAUCGAGACAUCAAGCCCGCCAACAUUCUUCUUAUGCCAAGCGGCAAAGCCAUGCUGAUCGAUUUCGGACUGGGCAAUACGUUCUCUUAUCGCUCCCGGCUCAACACUAUCUGUGGAUCACUUCCUUACUACUCACCGGAAAUUGCACGCGGUUCCAGUUACACAGGCCCUGAAGUUGAUAUCUGGUGUCUGGGCGUAGUCCUUUAUAGAAUGACCGUUGGACGGGAUCCCUUUAUGGGCGCGACAAAACGCGAUGUCAAGCUGCAGAUCACACAGGACAUAUUCCGGCCACCACUGAACCUCAGCCCUGGCUUGCAAACUACGCUUCGGACACUCCUCGCACCGGACAGCGCACACCGACGUACUCUCGCAGUUCUCGAAAACGACCCCUGGUUUCACGAGGAUACCGCAGAACAAGUGAACCAGCAGCUGCCACCAUUCUUAUCUGAGGACCGCAGCAUGUCUGAAAACAGUCGACUCAGUGGAGCCACGCUUGUGCGGCAGCAAUCCCAUAAGCGACAGUCGCUCACGGACAGCUAUUAUUAUGGCUAUGACAGGAACGGGUCACUUUUUGGGAACCACUCUGCAGUGACAGCUGCCGGUCCCAUUGGCCCGGUUUGGCAGAUCGAUCGGGAUCAGCCACGGCUCCGCAAGAAUCGCGUGAGGGUUGUGCCUGCUCAGGAUGGAUCUGCACAGAACGACUUUUUGUUCCGACGAGAUCAGGAACUGAGUUUGCUACAGUUUUUGGUGCCAAUUUUGCGGGCCUGUCAGGUCUCCUAUUACUUGCAUUCGUCCUCCAGGAUCCUCUGUGGCACUAGCUUUGUGAAGGAUCUCCCCGGUGAGGGAUGGUCGACUCCGCCAUCUGUGGCGCUACAGAAACUGGUUCAUCAGGUCGGCGCAGCUAUGACAGGCCGGUCGAUGGAACAGGUAUCCAAGCAACACCUCAUGCCUCGCUGCGGUGUCUUUUCGAUCGAUAUUGUAAAGGCCAAGGAGAAGAAGGGGGGACAGGGCGGAGGACAUUUGUUGAUCAUCAAGCGGUUGUUUGGGUCGUCAUUGACGGUGCAGUAUUUCAAGAAGCAGCUUCUAUACAAUGCCACGAUACCGCCCAAAACUCAGGAGGCAUCUUCUACUUAACCAGAAUACCUGGCUUUCUCAUCACCUACAUAUAGUUAUACCAUCGAGAGUCGCCAUUUUGCUAUUUAAUCUAUCUGUAAAAUAUAAUUAUAAUCAUAAUCGUAAUUGUAAUCAAAAAAAC